AUGUGCAACGUGCAGGGGGCUCAGCAGCUAUACUACAGCCAUGGUGCAGGUUUGGUGUACGCCGGCAUUGGCAAGCAGAUCGUGGCGCACAGUGCUGCCACCGGGCAGCCGCGGAACACGUAUGAAGGACAUGCUGGUCCAGUGACGUGUCUCAUGGUGGCCUUCUGCCCACACCUUCAGUGUGACGUUCUCCUGAGUGGCUCGGUAGACAGCACAAUAAAAUGCUGGCCACUGCGCCCGAGUCUUGGCCCCCGCCGCCGCUCGCCCAGGACCUUUGUUGGACACACCGGCGCGGUUUGGGGCUUAGCGGUGAGCUCGACGUCCCUCUUCAGCUGUUCAUCAGAUUGCACUAUCAGGCAGUGGUGCCGCAAAACCUGCCAAGAGCUGACUGUUCUGCGAGGACAUGCUGGCCCUGUGCAACAACUACUCAUCCUGGAAAGCGUGCUCUGCAGUGGUUCCGAGGAUGGCAUCGUGAAAAUCUGGGGUCGAGACAGUGGCCGGCUUCUGUGCAGCUUGAAAGACCAUGAGGAUGGAAUUACGUGUAUGUUGACUAUGAGUCCAGAGGACAUUGUGACUGGCUCCCGCGACUGCACGAUCAAGCACUGGAAAGUAAAGUCUGGCAAGCUGACUGGCACCAUGUACGGCCACACGGAUUGGGUGACUUGCUUGCUGGAGGUCGAAGAUUCCUUAUGGUCUGGCUCUCGCGAUGCUACCAUCAAACGCUGGCACCCGGUCACACAUCAGCUGCUUGCCACGCUGCACGGGCACUGUUCUGGCGUCAGCAUCCUCUGUGCCAUGUCGGACUCGAUCCUUUCUGGAUCAGCAGACCGGACCAUAACGCAGUGGCACCCAAAGUUGCAGACCGCGCUGGCGAGCAUUGAUGGGAAGUGUGGCGUGAGCAGCCUUGUCGAAGUUCCAGCAGGUAUUUUCCGACUUGCCGCUCGUGGUCCUCCAAAGCUGCUUGCCAAGCCAAGGCAUCCAGACCUGGAUGCGGAGCCCGCGGAGUCUUGCGAGAUCUGCAAGCCAAAGGAGGUUGAAGAGUACGUUUACGAUGCACCGCCGGUGGCUUGCGAUGAGGCUUUGGGGCUGCGUGGGAUGGUGCACUGGAUGGCUGCGACUAUCCAUUCGGAGGACUUCUGA